CUCUCACUAGUCGAACGGUGCCCGACCGGUAACGUAGCGCCGACUGCCGACCGAGAGACGAACCAGCGACAAUGUCCGCCGUGGCGAAAACUUCCAAGUACACCUACCGCAGCAGCGGCGGUGGCACCACCGACGUCAACAUCGAGUACAGCGCCGACCUGAGUGCUCUCUCCAGGCUGGAGGACAAGAUCCGUCUCCUCCACGAUGAUCUGGAAUCCGAAAGGGAGCUACGUCAGAGGAUCGAAAGGGAGAAGGCAGAUUUGAGCGUGCAAGUAAUCCAGCUGUCUGAGAGGCUGGAGGAGGCUGAAGGCGGAGCAGAGAGUCAGUUCGAGAUCAACAGAAAACGUGACACUGAGUUGACCAAACUCCGCAAGCUUCUAGAAGAUGUUCACCUGGAGUCAGAAGAGACCGCGCAUCUGCUUAAGAAGAAACACCAGGAGAUCGUUGUUGAUUUCCAAGACCAGAUCGACAAGCUCACCCACAGCAAAGUCAGAGUUGAGAAGGAGAAGUCAAAAUUCCAAGCUGAAGUGUACGAGCUGUUGGCCCAAGUGGAGAAUGUGACCAAGGAGAAGAUCACAAUCUCCAAAACUUGCGAGAAGUAUGAAAUCACAAUCAGCGAGCUUCACAUUAAAAUUGAGGAGCUUAACCGCACUAUUGUCGACAUCACAUCGCACAAGCAGCGCCUGUCUCAGGAGAACAUUGAGCUCAUCAAGGAAGUUCAGGACCUUAAGGUGAACAUUGAAAACGUUGUGUACCUUAAGAGCCAGUUGGCUGGCCAGCUCGAGGACGCGCGUCGCAGACUCGAGGAUGAAGAUAGAAGGCGCUCUAUCCUUGAAGCCAGCUUGCACCAGGUUGAAAUUGACCUGGAAUCUGUCCGCGUGCAACUGGAAGAGGAGUCGGAGGCUCGUCUGGACCUUGAAAGGCAACUCGUCAAGGCCAACGGAGAGAUCGGUCACUGGCGCGCCAAGUUCGAGGCAGAAGCCGCCGCAAGGGCUGAGGAGAUCGAGGAAAUUCGCCGCAAAUACUCCAUCCGUAUCCAGGAGCAAGAGGAACAGAUUGAGACCCUCAUCGCUAAAUGCAGCAGUAUUGAAAAACAGAAGUCCCGCCUGCAAAGCGAGGUUGAGGUUCUUAUCAUUGACCUCGAAAAGGCCAACGGAACAGCUCGGGAGCUCCAGAAGAGGACUGAACAGUUGGAGCGUGUUAACAUUGAGAUCAAAUCGCGCCUUGAAGAGACGGUGCAGCUUUACGAACAAACCCAACGUGACCUCCGCAACAAGCAGGUUGAGAUCCAACGCAUCUCCCACGAGCUUGACAAGACACGCGAACAGAAGGACGCUUUGGGCCGCGAGAACAAGAAAAUGGGUGAUGAAUUGCACGACGCCCGCGCCAAUCUCACGGAGAUGAACCGCCGUCUUCACGAGCUCGAGAUCGAGCUGCGCCGUCUUGAGAACGAGCGAGAGGAACUCACCGCUGCUUACAAGGAAGCUGAGGCCGGUCGCAAAGCUGAGGAACAACGCGCUCAGCGGCUGUCGGCCGAGCUUGGCCAGUUCCGCCACGAGGCUGAGCGCCGCAUCCAGGAGAAGGAGGAAGAGAUUGAAGCCAUCCGCAAGCAAACGAGCAUUGAAAUCGAGCAGUUGAAUGCUCGCGUAGUGGAAGCUGAGACUAGGCUCAAGACCGAGGUCACACGCAUCAAGAAGAAGCUGCAGAUCCACAUCACCGAGCUCGAGCUGUCGCUAGAUGUUGCCAACAAGACCAACAUUGAUCUACAGAAGACCAUCAAGAAGCAAUCUCUUCAGCUCACCGAAAUUCAGUCACACUACGACGAGGUACAGAGGCAGUUGCAAGUGACCCUCGACCAAUUCGGUGUCGCUCAACGCAGAAUCCAGUCCCUCACCGGCGAGGUUGAGGAGAUCCGCGGCAAUUACGAGCAGGCUCUCCGCGCUAAGCGUACCGUCGAGCAGUCCUUCGAGGAGGCACAAGUCCGUAUCAAUGAGCUGACUGUCAUCAAUGUGAACCUGUCCAGUAGCAAGGCCAAGAUCGAACAGGAACUGUCCGCUGUCGCCGCUGACUACGAUGAAAUCACCAAAGAACUCCGCGUAUCCGACGAGAGGUUCCAGCGAGUCCAGACUGAACUGAAACACACUGUUGAACACUUGCACGAAGAACAAGAGAGGAUCGUUAAGAUUGAAGCCAUCAAGAAGUCCCUCGAAAUUGAAGUCAAGAAUAUUUCUGUACGCUUGGAGGAAGUUGAAGCCAACGCCAUUGUUGGUGGAAAGCGCAUCAUCAGCAAACUGGAGGCUCGCAUCAAGGAUAUGGAACUUGAACUGGACGAGGAGAAGAGGAGGCACGCGGAAACCAUCAAGAUUCUCCGCAAGAAGGAACGUUCCCUCAAGGAGAUCAUCAUCCAGUGCGAGGAAGACCAGAAGAACAUCUCCCUCCUUCAGGACUCCUUGGAGAAGGUCACCCAGAAAGUUAACAUCUACAAGAGGCAGUUGUCCGAACAGGAGGGCGUGUCCCAGCAGAGCGUGACAAGAGUACGACGAUUCCAGCGCGAGCUCGAAGCAGCCGAAGACCGCGCCGACGUCGCUGAAAGCAAUCUCUCCCUCAUCCGCGCCAAGCACCGCACCUUCGUCACCACCUCCACGGUCCCUGGCUCCCAAGUAUACCUUGUCCAGGAGUCCCGCGCGCUUAGCACGGAGUGAGCUGUCCUCCGUUAGCCCCGCAACACCAGCAUUUCUCUCCACCAUUCGAUAUCGGGGCGCGAGUCCGGUCGGGUAUAAACCUAGUCGUUCGUUAAGUUAUGAUUGAGCUUCGCCCAUUCAACCAGAUCCCUUAUCCUCUUCGACAUUAAAAUCGUACCUUCCCUCGGAAUAAAUUAGUGACGUCGAAUUUGACAACUAUACAUAUAAGAGCUACCGAGUUUUACGUCCUAAUUUGCAGUAACGCGGUAGUUGGUAUUUGAAUGUCAUAGUGAAUAGAGUAAACACGUACACUGCUUCUUCACUGAACAAAAUUUCGGCUAAUGUAGAAAGUGUGCGACCAAGAGACCCAGAGACCCAGAUACCUCAUUUAAAAUGAAUAUAACAGCUUUAUUCCCAUGGGCGACUACAAUUGGCAUACUGAGGGUAGGGAGUUAAACACAUACUCAAUAUAGAUAUUUAAAAUAUUUAGAUCGCCUGUGGAUAAAUAGUCUGAAACUUGAGUUUUAUUGGUAGCGGGUAACGAAACGUAAUAUAUAACACCUAUCAACGAAUAGCCCAAGUCGAAUCAAAGUUUAUAUUGUUCAAUGAAGUCACGUGACGUCAUCGCCUGGUUGAAUGGUCGAAGCGUACGAGUUACCAAAUACUAGAUGGCGCUAGUUGGCUUGCAUGUAACUAUUCGGCCAGUGGCGCCAUCUAGGCACAGGCGGGGUCGCGUCGGGGACGCGCGCUCCGCACCUCGGCGUGCCCUAACGCAGCCGUGUGUCGUGUCAACACGCUCGGCGCCGAUCGCCGACCGUUCGUCCCCAUAACAUUUUUUUUAUUGUAACGCUAAACAUAAAUAAACCAAUAAAGGAACCAAAACUUUACAACAAGCUUUUUUUUAUUAUUUUCUUUAUUUUAACAUAGUAUAACUUUUAAGGUUACCGACGUUUGCGAUUACCUGCCGUAAUUUAGGAGCAGUAUGUAGUCUAAAGUAAAGAAUUAUUUUAUAAUACGUCUUGUUAUUUAUUAUUUUAAUUAUGUACAACGCGUAUAUAAUGUACGUCUGUCUGUAACUUAUGAUAAUAUAAAAAUAUGCUAUUUAUGUUACAGAGUUAAA